CCUCAGGAGACCAGGUAUCUGUAGGCUGCUGACAGGACAGCGUUUCAGGGCUGGCUAGGGCCCUGGCAACUCUGGAGCCGAGUGGCGGGUGCAGCCAGGCAGUGGCAGGGUCUACUCAAAGACGGGCGGCAGCCCCCCAUUCCCCAGAAGUGAGGCACGGGCGCUGCUGGACAGGAGCGUGCUGCAGGUGGCGGGCUCAAGCAGCUGUGUGAAGGGGCACGGGGGCAGCUGGGGUGCAGACGGGGCGGGGCCCCCACCUCCUCCCGGCUCCUCUUUGGGACCCUGUGGCCGGCUGUGGCCCUCCCUGGCCUGGCCCUGGGAAUGGUUUCACUGCCAGCACUGGGGCCAGUGAGCCCCACAGCCCCGCAUGGUCAGCAGUGUCUCAGUGAAGUGGGUUCCUCUUUUCAUUCUAGGCUGGUGCAAUGUGAGCAGGCAUGUGCUGACCGGGCAACAGCCAGGCCUGAAGACGAGCUACUCACAGACCUGCCGGGCCUCCUGCUCCGGCCGUGGGCACAGGAGGUCUCAAGCCCCUUCUGGCUCCAGGUUCAGAGCAGAACAUUCAGAGGAGGAGGGGGUCGCCCCACCUGCGAGGCCUGCCUUCCCUGGGAUGGGCUCGGAGGAGCUGCGGCUGGCCUCGUUCUACGACUGGCCACCGACCGCCGUCGUUCAACCAGAGCUGCUGGCUGCUGCCGGCUUCUUCCACACCGGCCGGCAGGACCAGGUGAGGUGUUUCUUCUGCUGCGGAGGUCUGCAGAGCUGGGAGCGAGGGGAUGAGCCCUGGACUGAGCAUGCCAGGUGGUUCCCCAGGUGUGAGUUCCUGCUCCAAACAAAAGGAAGGGAGUUUGUCUGCAGAGUCCGGGAGGCCUGUGGCCACCUGCUCCACUCCUGGGACCAAUCAGAGGAACCGGAGGAUGCAGCCAGCACCUCGCCUUCAGCUCCUGUCCACCCAUGUCCAGAGCUGCCCACAGCUGGCAGACAGACCCGGCUGGAAGGUGCCAGGGAGCCAGGUGGAAUCCAGGCCCCAAAGGUGCCCCUGGGUCCUCGAGCCCCCGGAGCCCAGGAUGCAGAGGAGCAGCUGCAGCACCUGCGGGAGGAGCGGACCUGCAAGGUGUGCCUGGACCGGGCCGUGCGCGUGGUUUUUGUGCCCUGCGGCCACAUGGUCUGCACCGAGUGUGCGCCCGCCCUGCAGCUGUGCCCCGUCUGCAGGGCCCCCAUCCGCAGCUGCGUGCGCACCUUCCUGUCCUGAGCCAGGUGCUGCGGACGCUCCCUGAGGGGGGUGGGGGUGACCAGUUUGGAUGCUUUCCAAGAUUCACAAUAAAGUGGUGGGUUUCCUCCGA